AUGUCGUCCAAUGCCGCUCGCAAAUACCACGAGUCGUACGUCUUCAAGGCCCAGCAGGACAAGCUCAUGAGCAAGCAGCCAAGGCACGCCUCGGAGACCAAGAUCGUCGAUGGCGUCCAACGCUCCAACACGGGCGACUUUUCCAACAUCGACCGCUCGCAGCACGAAGCAGUCGAGACUCUUCCGGCCGACGUCAAGAAGGCUUACAAGGUGCAGAAGCGCAAAGACAGGCGCUCCACCGAGAAGGGCAAGAAGGGCAGCAAGUCCGGCAGGAAGGGGAAGAAGGUUGCCAAAGGGCCCGAGCGCAAGGCGACACCCAGCGAGUACACGGCGGAGGACGUGGUGUCAGCCAAGCAACUGCCCAAGGACGCCAACGGACAACCAAUCUACCCUCGCUUCCUUCGUGGCCAGCCGUUCUUGGACAAUGCAGUCGCCUCGCGCUCAUCGACGACGUCUGAUAUCAACCCAGCGGCGUGGCAGCGAGGCGUGGACGGUGCCUCACCAAUGGCGCGCAAGAUCUGGGCCCUGCUGGACAGCGGCGACAUGGAUACGGUUCGCUCGGCCAAGUUCUGGCUCGACAACUUCAACCUCUCCAUCAACAGCACCCUCGACAAGGACGGCCGUCCUUCUCGCAUCCCAGGCGCAGGCGUCUACCUCGGCAUGGGGAUCAAAAAUGGCCGCCUUGCAUUCAUCUACGUCGGCAGGUCCGGCUCCAUCUUCUACCGCUUCGUGGACCAUCUAGCACAGGCAUUUUUCAACUCCUCCCGCGGCGCAAAGAUCUACGGCGCCAUUCGUGCGAGCGGCUCGGGCAUCUUCUUUCCCCUCUUCGAGGACUCGUCGCCGCAACGCUACCAGCCUCAGGCUUGGGAGGACCGAGCGAUUAUCGAAGGCCUGUGGGCUCAUCCGCUUGGCUUCGUGCAGGAGAAGGAGGCGCUCCUCGAGGCUCGUCGUACCUUUGGCCUGCCUGACAUCGGAGACGAGGUGCUGGGCUGCAACCGCACCAGGUGCUUCGAGAAGCCGGAGACCUAUGCGCGCAAGUACUCCGGGAUGGUGCGAGGGGACGAGGUAUUGUUCCACCUCGACCGCCUGAAUAAGAUGCGCCGACUGUGCAUCACCGCCACCGCCUUCGGAGAGGGCCUCAAUCGCGCUCGCCAUCGCGCUCGCCUCGACAGUGCCGGUGAUGCGUUCCUCGAUACCCUCAAGCCGCUGAUGUCGGGGAGCAGCGGCUUGCCCAUCAAGAUACCCUCGUUCAGCAGAUUAUACCUCUUCUUCGGCAUCUCUAUACCCAAGAUCGACGCCGUGGCAAUGCAGGAGGAGGACCGGACGUCGGAGGAGUGGUGGCUCGUCGUCGAGAGCGGGGGCAACAGCUCUAUGCCCAGCCUCACCACGCCGGAUCGAGCGCUCUUCCGUGGCCUUGCUCUCGUCGCCAUCCGAUGCCGCGACGUCAAGCGCGUCGUCAUCCGCUGGCCGCGAGCGCCGACGUCUCCCUACGCACGCAAGCCAGGGUACUCGGCGCUAACCAUGCCUGGCAAGCUGGCAACCGAUGGCCUGCUCUUCGCAAGCGGCAAGGGGGAGAUGCGCCUAUACAAUCGUCUGGUCUACGUGGUGACCAAGAACGAGCAAGAGGCAUUCCGCCGCAAGAUGGGCCUCCGCAAGUACCACGACCGGCAUGCAUCUGCGCCUCUUCGCUUCGGUCCUGGUCGCUUGAUCGAGUCUCUCCCUGUGGGGGACGUCUGGACCCGCUUGAAGGGCAGAUGGGAGCGCGACCGCGUCGAGGGCAAGAUGCAGCACGUCGUCAAGAUCUCGUCGGAGCUGCAGGUCUACCAGGCCGGUGGCGACGCGAACGAUGCUGCGCGCAAUGGGGACAACGCUGGGUGCGACGGGGACGACGGCGGGGUGGAUGAGGAAGAGGAUGCGAGGAGCGAAGAGGCAGGGGAUGACGAUGUGGCGAUGGCAGAAGCGGGCAACGUUGUCGGCGGCGUUUGGAGCUUCAGGGCAGAGAGCAAUGACGUGCCGCACGCUUGCAUAGUGCCCGGCAGCAUCUGGUCGCCUCCUGGGGACGGGCAUUGCGGAUACCACGUAUUCGCAGACGCCGAGGGGAUGGACGUCGAGGGGUUCAGAGAGGACAUGUUCUUCAGCCUCGAUCCCUCCGACCCCGACCUCAAUGCCAGGCAGAGGCGGAUCUUCCCGGGCGGCAAGCCUCCGACAGGUGUCCUUCGAGAGCGCUUCUACCAGCGCUGCAAACCCGACCACUGGAUGCAGACGGGCGAGCUCAUCCAGGCUGCUCGCAUUAUUCGCCGCAGGACCGUCUUCGUCGACGCCAACAACCUCGGCAACUCGUUCCGCAUCGAGCACCCUGGAUCGACGGACGACGCGAUCGGCAUCCUCUUGAGCGGGACACGCUUCUACGGCUUCACACCCGUAGACGACGACGGCGGCCUCCUCCCGCCUUAGCUGCCCGUCUGAGGUGGCCUCGUUGCGCUUCUUUCCCCGUCGCUAGCAUCUCGUCACGGACACUUUGGCUCGCAAUCGCAGCGCUCGUUGCUCCCUUCGCCGUCACCAACAUCUCGUCACGCAUACGGCAUCUGAUCAUCUUCCCCUGACGCCCAGUCUAAACGGUAUCGCGGAACCCACCCACCUCGACCGCGAGAGAAUCGCCCAUCUGAUGGCCAUCGACGUCAACUUCCUCAAAUUGGAUGUUGGUCAAUACCGUUGACGAACCUAGGCUGUGGCCUCGACGUGCGCAAUAUACCAUCUUCUAGUCAAUCAAUACCAGUUCCAUCA